GAUGUAAAUAUUCAGUGAUGCAUUUCUAUUUAUUAGAAUUUAAUGUUCAAAUAUCUAUUAAACGCAAUAGGUGUGUUAAAAUUGUUUAGUGAAAAUUGUGUUCUAUUUGGAUAUAAGCUACGGACGAAAUUUGAUAUAAAAAAUAUUUGUUCAAACUUCGAGUACUUUAUAACAAAUGAAGGGCUCUCUUACGCUACUAGUGUUCUGUGCAUGUUGGUGUUCUCUUGUAAUGGGCUGCGGUCGCCGCCGUCGCUGUCGUCGCUGUCCACCACAUGAUACAACCAAACCUACAAUAACAUGUCCACCAGACAGGCACGAAAUCGCUGAUCCGUUCCAAAUAAAUACCAAAGUGUGGUGGAACGAAAGUUCCAUAGUAGCAAACGACAAUAGAGAUGGGUCGAUAAAAGGAACUAGAACUGGAAAAGCGCCAGGGGAACUAUUUUUUGAGGGUAUCACCACCAUAGAAUAUCAUGCGAAAGACAAAAGCGGCAAUUAUGCCUCAUGUUCAUUUAAAAUAACUGUAAAAGUUUUACGUUGCAAUUCUUGGGAUGAUGUACCAGACGGUUGGAAGAUAUGUAAUGUGAGUCAUGACAUGAGACUUGGUAGUAUAUGUCGUUUUGGUUGCUACGGAGGCCACGAGCUGGUCGGGGCAAACAGAACAGAAUGUUUGGAGUCAGAACAAUGGGACACGGCCACUCAACCUUACUGUCAAAAACUGCAAUGUGUCGACCUGUUUCCAACUCCCGAUCAAUAUGGCAUUGUAAGUAUUGAAUGCACCGAUGAUAACUACUACAGAAGUAUAUGCUCAUACAACUGCGUCGUUGGAUACAGCGUGUUGCCAGGUCAUAGCAAGAUUCGAGUCUGUAACGAGUUUGGUAUUUGGAGAGGGAGCAUGCCCAUGUGUGUAGAUAUUGAGCCACCAGUGUAUACCGAUUGUCCGUAUGUUAAAGUUGGAUAUGCUGAACGCACCAAGACGUCAGGGCGUAUCUGGUGGUACGAUCCUACAGCUACUGACAACAGCGGAAGUGUCACCUCUACUCAAAUCUCCGGGCCAGAAUCUGGAUCCGACCUGCAAGUUGGCGAGCAUACUGUCCAGUACAUGGCAUACGAUACUUCCAAUAACACGGCUAUCUGCGAGUUCAAGGUCGUCGUAAAACAAAUAAACUGUCACACUAUAUACCCGCUACCCUACACCUCGACCGUAUGCCCGAAUGGAAGGAGCUACGGAUCUACCUGUCAGUUUAUGUGUGCCAAAGGUGCAGUCCUAAAUGGUCCAGCCAAUGUUGAAUGCGAUAAAACAGACUCUAACGUUUCGUACGGAGUUUGGACAUUCAGGGACAGACAACCAUACUGUGAACUUCAGAACACGUGUCAAGAACUCCGUGCUCCUGAUAAUGGCGCCUUGGCAUGUGACACAUGGCUUAAUGGAAGGUAUUGCCAAAUGCUGUGUGAAGAUGGUUAUGUUGUAGUGGACGACCCGGAUACGACAUUGGACGAAGUUCGUAUACACAAGACUUUAGUAGUUUGUGGCAAUUCUGGAAUAUGGCACAUUUCCGGGGACAUUCCGAAUUGCCAAGAGAUUGAUCCACUAUUAGAGCGUAUCCUCCGAAUCAAUAUUGAAUAUCUUUACUAUGACGGCCCAUGUGAUGAAACAAGAGAAGAUAUCAAAAACAAGUUCAUCAAGGCUUUCACUGAAGGCACGCAACAGACAUGCCAGCCACCGGACUGUCAAGUUUCUCUAGUUCAAGUUAUUUGCGGUGAUAGAUAUGAUGGUACUGACAGGAGGCGAAAAGCUAUUACCACAGGAAUCAGUUUCGAAAUUAAUGUAGACCUCUCCCGCAACCAGAGUUCCAUUGAAACGGCGACAACAAGAAGCCUCAUUAUAAAUUCACUUCUCGCGACAAGACAGAGCGGUAACCUUGACAUUCAAAUAGACGGUACUGUAAAUAGGCCAUCAUCGAUACAAGUUUCACAGCCAGAAGGAUCCUGUAACGACGGAAGCGCAUACAAUAAGAAAACAUUUCAGUGCGUAAAAUGCAAUAAUGGUUAUUUCCAUGACACAAAGAGUGAUGUCUGUAGUCCUUGUGCACGUGGUUAUUAUCAAGAUGAACCUCAACAAAGCUCUUGUAAACAAUGUCCUAUAGGCAAAACAACAAAAUCUAAGGGAGCUCACUCCGUAUCACAAUGCGAGGAGGCGUGCCAAGCAGGAUUUUACUCAGCAACUGGGACCCCGCCUUGUUCUGCCUGUGAUCUGGGAUGGUUCAGUGAAGACUAUGGAAGCACGGAAUGUACACAAUGUCAGGGAUCACAAAUUACACUUAUAGCUGGGGCAACAUCCGGGUCUCAAUGUAAAGAGUUCGAUAUCACAUACAAUAAGCUCAAUGAGUCCGAGGAGCUGUCCGUAGCUACUUUGAAUUUAGUGGUUGCUGACAUGAGUCAAUUUACUCUUACAUUGUUUGUCAAGUGUAAGCAGUGUAACAGUAUCUUUAAUAUCACCGACACAGAUCAGACGAUACUUUCUAUCAUAAACACUGAUGAACUGUUGGUCGAAUAUAAUGGUCAUCAGUACAAGACAGGUGAAAACUUAAUCGACUCAAUGCUAUGGACACAACUAACAGUUGUACACACUGGAGCUGAAUUGUUUGUAUACUUGAAUGCCCGUAAAGUGUUAAAGGAACAGUCUAAUCGUGAAAGGAGGUCCACGGAUACGACACUGAAUGUUACAAUAGGAGGUGAAGGAUUCAUAGGUUCUGUGUCUCAAAUGAAUAUAUGGUCAGAUGUAAAUGCCUAUACCUCGGUAGAGACAGACACGUGUUUUGGUACAGACAAAGGUGAUCUGAUAAACUGGAGGCAGUUCUCAGAGCUGGAUGGAUCUUUCGUACUUACAAAGAGCAACUGUGAUGUUGAUAAUAACUGUCGCAGCUCGCCUUGUGAAAAUGGUGGUUCCUGCUCAGAUUCUGUUGGAAGCUUUUCCUGCGCGUGUUUGAGAGGUUAUACCGGAAGUUUAUGUGAAGUCAAUAUUAAUGAUUGUCUUGACAACGCUUGUGACAAUAAUGCUACAUGUAUUGAUGGAGAGGAUGUCUACACGUGUGUUUGUUCAGAAGGGUUCACUGGACAAUUGUGUGAAACACAAUUAGUUGACGGUGGUUGGACAGAGUGGAAGACGAGUAGUGAAUGUUCGGUGACAUGCGGACAAGGGUGGCAGCAGUUAUCACGUGUCUGCGAAAAUCCUAACCCUAUAAAUGGCGGAAAAGAGUGUGAAGGUGACGACACGAAAGUGAUUGUUUGUGAAACCAACACCACAUGUAUUAACGAAUGUGUAAAAGAACCUUCACAUCUCGAAAACGGAACCAUGAACUGCGAGUGGACUGAUAAUGAGACACGUGUUUGCAAGCCCGCGUGCGAUAAAGGUUUUGUCUUUGACAGUGACAUGUUUGUUAACACGUCUGGAAUAAUUUGUGGACCAGACACUGGUUACACGUGGAACAUUAACAACACUGACAACCCGCAGUCUCAGAUACCCUCUUGUACACCUAAGAUCCCGGCACUGAGUAACAAACUGAACUAUACGGCAGGUUACGAAACACUAAGUCUUACAACGUUAAAUUCCGGCUUGAUAUCAGAUAUAAAGGCGGUCGUAAAUGGUAAGGUGAGACGGACCGGAUGUGUGUCAAAUGGAAGUUGUGUUCUUCAGGACAUACAUGUCUUUUCUUCCAGCCAAUUAUCAGAGAGAAAACGAAGGGAGACUAUCUAUGUGAUGUUCACGAUAGAAUUAACAUGUGACAUCACUGCAGGUAUAAACCAGUGCUACGAUCUUCUUGCUGAAAUUGUGGGAGCUUUAAAUACAUACAUCGAGAACUUGGAAUUUACCAUACAGUAUGGUGGCAGUGACUAUGAUGUUGGUGUAAACAGUUCACCACUGGACGGUGUGUCUGUGUGUGAACCAGGACAUGUUUCGGUGUGGCAAUACUGUGUAUCAUGUGGAAAAGGAACUUAUGCAACCAAUGAUUGCUGUGAACGUUGUCCUCGUGGAUACUAUCAAGACAAGGAGGCUCAGACAUCCUGUAAGCAGUGUCCGGAGGGAUGGACCACAGCUGGGCUGAUGACCAGGGACAAGGAAUAUUGCAACAUUGCUACGGUAACCGCUGUUCAUGACAGUGAAUCUAAAAUGAACUGGCUGAUGACUGGUUUUGUUAUUGCUGGUUCUGUUGUAUGUGUUACAGUAAUAACAGUAUUAUGGAUCUUCUGUAAAAGCCUCAAGAACGAAACUUCUCCUGACAAAAAUGUAACUUCUCAAGAAGAGACUGAAUUAGCAAGCGGUCCAAACAAAACUACUCAUGAAGAAAGUAACCAGAGUCAGCCACCAAGGUUAGAUCUUGCGGAAGUGGUGUUCGGCAGUGAUGAAUGUGAUAAAUAAUUUCACUUUCAAGGCAUACUUAAGAACACAUGAUGCAUGGUCACGAGGAAGCAAUGUGAAAAAAUAGCAUUUUGAUUCAUUGAUUUUGUAAAACCUAUAUACAACAUGUAAUUCAUAACUGACAUAUUUUAGCACGAAAUAUUUCGUGUAAAAAAUAAAAUAGAAUUUUCUUAUAAUCUCCUAAUAAUAUAUUGUAUUUUGUAAAUAAAUAUUGCUUUCCUUUUUUGAAACAGGGAAGAGCAUAUGAUAAUUGUUA